GGGGCGCUCCCGCCGCUUCCUGCGGGCACGGCCGGGACGGGGCGGGCCGGGACGGGUCGGGGCGGCGGCGGUAGCGGAGCGCGAGCCGCCCUGAGCCCCACUGCUGCCGGGGGAUGCCGGGAUGCCGGUGCCCGCGUGCCCGCAGCGCCCUGCCCUGAGCGCGGAGCCCGGCUGUGCCAUGGAGGAUCCGCCCGGCACCGGGACCGAGGCGUGGGCCGAGGGGCUCCAUAACGCCAACAACAACGCGUCCCCGGGGGGGUGGCCGGGUGCCCGCGGUGGGCACCCCCUGGCAGCUUUCGGGGGUCCCGGGGCCAAGCCCAGCUACCUGGACCGCGUGGUGCAGGAGAUCGUGGAGUCUGAGCGCACCUACGCCCGUGACCUGCGCAGCAUCGUGGAGGGUUACCUGGGCAAGAUCAUCGACGCGGAGGAGCCGGUGCUGCGACCGGAGCAGGUCAGCGCGCUCUUCGGCAACAUCGAGGACAUCUACGAGCUCAGCAGCACCCUCCUGCAAAACCUGGAGAGCUGCGCCAAUGACCCCGUGGCUGUGGCCGUGUGCUUCGUCACCCGGAGCCAGGAAUUUGCCAUCUACACCCAGUACUGCAACAACUACCCCAGCUCGGUGGCGGCGCUGACCGAGUGCAUGAGGAGCAAGGUCCAGGCACGGUUCCUGCGGGAAUGCCAGGAGCGCCUGCGCCACGCGCUGCCCCUCGGGGCCUACCUGCUUAAGCCUGUCCAGAGGAUCCUCAAGUACCACCUGCUGCUCCAGGAGAUCGCCAGGCACUUUGAGCACAAGGCAGGGGACGACUACGAGCUGGUGCUGGAGGCCAUCGACACCAUGACCUGCGUGGCCUGGUACAUCAAUGACAUGAAGCGCAAGCACGAGCACGCCAUCCGCCAGCAGGAGAUCCAGUCACUGCUGCUGGGCUGGAAGGGGCCGGACCUGACGAGCUACGGGGAGCUGGUGCUGGAGGGCACAUUUCGGGCACAGCGGGUGCGCCACGACCGUGCCCUCUUCCUCUUCGACAAGGCCCUGCUGAUCACCAAGCGCCGUGGUGACCACUAUGUCUACAAGAGCCACAUCCCGUGCUCCUCGCUGAUGCUGAUUGAGAGCACGCGGGACUCGCUCUGCUUCAGCCUGGCACACUACAAGCAUGGCAAGCAGCAGCACAGCCUGCAGGCCAAGAGCGUGGAGGAGAAGCGUGUGUGGACUCACCACAUCAAGCGGCUCAUCCUGGAGAACCACCACGCCACCAUCCCCCAAAAGGCUAAGGAAGCCAUCCUGGAGAUGGACCUGUUCUACCCCCCACGCCUGCCCCGCUGCAGCCCUGAGCGCCUGAAGAAGAGCUGGUCCUGCCAGCCCCUGGGUGACGCUGCCACCGAGCCACUCCAGGGACGCCGGCAGUCUGAGCCCUUCCAGCACCAGGGGCACAUGGAGACGCUGCUGGAGCGGCUGCAGGGACACGGGGGGCGCAGGCAGGCGGGUGCGGACAGCGGACGGGAUCAGGGGGCUCGGGGUGCUGAUGAGCUGGGGGACAUGGGGGUGAUGCCACUGUCACCUCCCCUCCCCCCAGAGCCCGCCAAGCACAACCUGUGGCACCUGGGCGAGCAAGGGCUGAAGAACACGGGCAGCGACGGGGCGCUCCUGCAAGUUGGGGAGCCACACCAGCACCCCAGAGCCUGGGCAGCGGUUGAGGGCAUGGUGGCGGAGGAAGAGGAGGAGGAGGAAGAGGAGGCUUUGGGCAAGGACUGCCAGGAGGAGCUGCCAGGGUCCAGGGAUCUGCUGUUGGAGCCCCAGGAGGAGCAGGCUGGGGAACACCCGUGGCUGCUGGAGGGACCCAAGCGGCCGAGCAGCUGGGGGCCAGGGAGCUGUGAGAAGGUCAGUGUGACCCCCCGGGCCCCAGCCGGGAGUGCCCAGGGACCCAGCACCCACAGCCCCAACAGCAGUGCUGGGGAGCACCCCAAGGUCCCCAGAUCCCCAUCCCUGGUGGGGACCCUGGCACUGCCCAGCGGGGACAGGGAACCGGAGCACGCUGCGGAGGAUUUGCAGGUGCUGAGCAGCGAGGAAGAGGAGGAGGAGGAGGGGGAAGGAGCCGCCAGCAUCCUGCCACCCUCCGUGCUGGACCAGGCCAGCGUCAUCGCCGAGCGGUUCGGCGGCGGCGGCAGCUUGUCCCGAAGGAGCAGCCUGGCACUGGAGGGGACCCUGGGACGCACCCCCAGCCAUGGUGGCAGCACCCUCAGCCUGGAUGGGGGCCCCCCGCUCGAAUCCACGGAGCCCGGGGAGUCCCCCAGUGCCAUCCCCUCGCCCGAGCCCCUCAUCAGAGCCCGCCGGGAAUCGCUGCUCUCCAACCGGGACCGCCUGCUCCUCGACAAGAUCAAGAGCUACUAUGGCCACGCCGAGCACCGCGAUGCCGGUUUCGGGGUGCGCCGCCGCGAGAGCCUCUCCUUCAUCCCCAAGGGGCUGGUGCGGAGCUCCGUGUGCCGCCUCAAUGGGCUCCCUCGGCCCCCCGAGAGCCCUGAGCCCCCCACCCAGCCCGAGGCACCGGAGCCGUGCCAGGAGAACGGGGCGCAGCCCCCCGAGCCGCUGCUCAUCGUGGAGGAGGAUGAUGUGGGCACUGCGGUGUCACCCCCAGGGCCACCCCCGCAGCUGCUGCUGACACCCCCUCAUCUGGGCACCAAGGUGUACCAGCUGGCCCGGCAGUACAGCCUCCGCAUCAAGAGCCGCCGCGCCGGCACCCGCCGUCCCCCGCUGCCGCCGCAGGAGGACGGGGACCCCCCGCCCAGCACCCCUUCGCUGGCUGUGCCGCAGGACGAGGUGCUGGUGGCGUCCCCGUCCCCGCGUGACCCCCGCAGCCCCUCAAGCCCCGUGGGCACCGAACCCUUCGCCUGGCCCGACGUGCGGGAGCUUCGUGCCCGUUUCGGGGCCCCGCGGCCGCCGCCGGUGAGCCGCAGCCGCUCGGCGCCCGAGGGUCCCGGCCGCGGUGGGCGCCCGGCCGGGAAGGAGCGGGGCAGCGGCCGCAGCCGCAGCGCUGAGGCCAACGGGGGCUCCAGCACCCCGAGCCCGGCUCCAGCGCGGUACAGCAGUGACGGGGCGCUGUGGGUGGCGGCCGAAGCCCCUCUGGGCCAGGGGCAGCGGGUGCUGGUGCUGGAGCGGCUGCCGGAGCCCCCGGCCUACGUGCAGAUCCGCUCGCCCACCACGCGGGAGAAGAUCUGCCUGAAGGCGGUGGUGGAGCGCUGCAAAGCCUACCAGGCGUCCGAGGAGUACCGGCGGCGCUGCCCCGAGACCCCCGGCAGCCCCGAGCCGCUGCGCCACGGCCUCGUCAGGGACCUGCGGCAGAAGUUUCAGACCCUCGACGCUGCCAGCUAGGGGCUGGAGCGGGGAGAACGGGUGUCCUGGGGACUCCAAGGGAAGGAGCAUCCCGUGGACCCCCAACCUGCCUGGGAGAAGGGGCACCACAUGGACCUCAAGUCUAGUUGGAGGAAGGGUCACCCCAUGCAUCCUCAACCUGCCUGGGAGAAGGGGAACCAAAUGGAUCUCCAACUUACCUGGAAGAAGGGGCACCCCAUGGCCCCCCAGCUGUUUGCAAAAAGGAACCCUUUGGGUACUUCCAAUCUGCCCAGGAAAAGGGGCAGCCCCGUGGACCCUCAGCCCUCUUGGAAGAAGGAGCACCCCAUGGACACCCAGCUUGUCCAGGAGAAGGGGCACCCCAUGGACCCCGAUGUACCUGGAAGAAGGGGCACCCCAUGGCCCCCCAGCCUACAGGAAAAGGGGUACCCCAUGGACUCCCCCAACCCACCUGGCAGAAGGAGACCCCUGAGGACUCCCAUCCUGUUCUGGACAAGGGACACCUCUGGUUCUCUCUGCCCACAGGACCUUGGGAACCCCAUGAACCUCCCACUACAAGUACCAGCGGCCCCCCAUGCUCCGCAGGCACCCAGCACUGCACCCCACUUGCUUUCACAUCUUUAUUAGAAAAAAAACCCCAAACUGAACCCAAAGUUCCUCUGUGGUCGCCCUCCCCCCCAGGGUGUCUCGGCCCAGCUGCGGGGUGCAGGGGGCCCCCCCACCCCGGCUGGGGGGGGGCACGGGAUGGGGGGUGCCAGAGAGGGGCCCCCAUGGGCUGACGCUCUUUGGUUGGUGCCCGCGGGGGCCAGGGGGUCCCCCCUCUGCACCCACGCGCUGCAGGAGGGGGUUAUGGCUUUGGGGGGCACCCACGCGCCCCCCGUGCGGGUGCUGGGGGGUCCAUGCACACCUGUGGGGCGCACACCUGUGCCGUGCGUGCGGAGGGGGGCCGGGGGUGCACCUGCAUGCGGGGACACACGUGUGCAGACGUGUGCGUGCAGGGACACGUAUGGGCACGGGGGGCACACGCCUGGGGGGCGCCUGCGGCCGCCUCCGCACAGGGGUGUGCCUGAAGCGUGUAAAUGUAUGUAUAUAUAUAAAUACAAAUAUAUAUAUAUAUACACUGUG